UAUGUGGAUUCAAUUGAAUUAAAUUAAGCAGAGACUAAAGUAGUCGUCUCUUCAGCGCCAAAUGCAUGCUCUGAGGGGCGACUGACACAGCUAUUUUUGGUCUCAGGUGUGUGAGUUUGUGUGUGUGUGCAUAUACAUAUAUAUAGAUAGAUAUAGAGAGAGAGAGAGAUCUUCAUGGACGAAGGAAGGAGGCGGGGUUGAUGUGGUGAAUAAUACAAGGCAGCUUAAGAUGCGUCGAGAGAUCUGGGUUUUAGUUCAGCCACGGUGCCUUCUCAUCUUCUUCGUCGCAUCAAUUCUCAUCUUCGUCGCUUUCUCGAUCUCUAAACAGGAGGAGAAGAAGGUAGAAGAGGUACACGAAAUCACCCACCGAGUGUUUCUGGAUGUUGAUAUUGAUAAACAACGUUUCGGGAGAAUUGUCAUUGGGUUGUAUGGCCAAGUUGUGCCAAAAACUGCUGAAAAUUUCAGGGCUUUGUGCACAGCAGGGGAGAAAGGCAAGGGUCCCAGUGGAAAAGCUCUCCGUUAUAAAGGGACACCAUUUCAUCGUAUAAUACCUGGGUUCAUGAUCCAAGGUGGUGAUAUUGUCUACGGUAAUGGGAAGGGGAAUGAAUCUAUAUAUGGCGGCACCUUCCCGGAUGAGAAUUUCAAGAUAAAACACUCACAUGCAGGUGUUGUUUCCAUGGUGAAUUCGGGACCUGAUUCCAAUGGUUCACAGUUUUUCAUCACCACAGUCAAGGCCAGCUGGUUGGAUGGAGAGCAUGUUGUAUUUGGCAAGGUUAUUGAAGGCAUGGACACCGUGUAUGCGAUAGAGGGUGGAGCUGGAACCUACAGUGGGAAACCUAGGAAGAAGGUAAUCAUCUCUGAUUCUGGAGAGAUUCCGAAGAGCAAGUGGGAUGAGGAAAUCCGAGGAUUAACAAACGCCUCAUGACACUGGUGACAUAAAGUUUUGCAGCAUGAUUUCGUUAAUUUGGUUCGUGUAGAUCAAUUAUGCCCCCUUUUGUAUAAUGUCCAUGAAACUGUAGUCCAGCACUGAUCAUGAUAUCACAAAUUGAUUGUAUUUAGUCUCCCUUCUUGGAAAACACUGAAAAUAUGUUUUCUGUAAUGGAAUCUGCUGAUACUUGUCAGUUGUAGAGAAAUCAAAGCAAAUCAUCAUGUGCUCUAAAUUUCUGAUGUGUAUACUUGUGGUGGUUCUUUUAUCAAUUUUCAGUGGUCAAUCUCAAAUAGACUAGUCUGUGUGUGCGCGCGCGCGCAAACACAAAUUCUGUAUCAAGGUGAACUUAAAAGCUUUGAACUCUUUAGCUGAUUUAUUGGCUUGGCAUUUGUUGUCCAUCAAUGCAAGUGAAUCCCUCCCAUGUUUUGUCACAUGCUUCAAGUUCUGCGAAAUUCAAAUCUAGGCAUAAUACCAUUUUUGUCGUUUGAGAAAGAUUGUGCCCCCCCACCCAAAAAAAAAAAAAAAAAAAAUAAAA